GCCUGACCUGCAGCUUCGGGCCAAGUCCACAUGUGGUUAACCCGGGGUGUUUUUUUUCGCCGAAUUUUGCACUGAAACUGUCAUAUUGCCCUGAUUUUUUUACUUUUUUAGUCAUAUUGCCCUGAUUUUUUUACUUUUUUAAAGUUUUUUUUUUUCUUGUUUUUCUUUUUCGUGUGAUAUGUAGGUGCUCUAGGGGGCUGUUUGCUAAUUACCCUUCUCUGUAUCGUCCCAAUUUUAGCGGAUGUCCCAAAGGACGAGAAAUUACGACGGCGGCGAUGUCGCAGUUGGCCAUGAUCGGCGACAAUGCUGGCGACGAUGGCGACGAUGGCGACGAUGGCGAUGGCGGGCCACGAUCGGCGACAACGCUGGCGACGAUGGCGAUGGCGAUGACGAUGGUGGCGAUGGUGGCGAUGGUGGCGAUGGUGGCGAUGACGAUGGCAGCGAUAAUGACAAAUAUUUUUUGGCGACAAUGCCACGAUCGAUGAUGAUGGCGAUGGCGACGAAUGAUGACUACUUAUUUCUGACGAUGACGAUGACGAUGACAAUGACGAUGACAAUGACGAUGGUGACGGUGGCCAUAAUUCCGACGGUGGGGAUCGCGGUGAUUACAACGGUGGCGACAUCAGUGUUCGCGGCGAUUGGCGACAAUGCUGGCGAUGGCGAUGGCGAUGGCGAUGCCUAUGCCGACGAUUACGGACGCGAUAAUGACAAUGCACGCUGACGACAAGGAUGGCGACCAUGGAUGAUGAUGGCGACGAUUACAGUAAUAGCGGCCAAGAUUGUU